CAUGGUUGUCUUAACUGUAACGUUUAAAACCCCAAAACGACAACGCAUCAACACAAAACAGCACAAAAGGCUCCACCAACACCAGACCCUUUUUCCGCUAUUUCCAGCUCUGUCGGACCCAAUUCGGGCGCCCACCUUGGUCCCGGACCUCCGCAUUUCCACCAUCGCCACCGCCACCUCUCACUCUCUCACUGCGCCCUCCUCCGAGUCCUCACCGGAGAUGGCGAAGGCUUCCAAGGGCCACCACGAUGAAUUUGAAGACGACGAUGAGGUGUCUCAUGGAGGGGAAUUUGCAGUGAAGGUAGAAGGGCAAGGCAGGGAGAAGAACCGCUCCAAGCAUUCCGAAACCGAGCAGCGUAGGAGGAGCAAGAUUAAUGAGAGAUUUCAGAUGUUGAGAGAUAUCAUUCCCCAAAAUGAUCAGAAAAGAGAUAAGGCUUCAUUGUUGUUGGAGGUUAUAGAGUAUAUACAAUUUUUACAGGAGAAGGUAAAUUUGUACGAGGGGUCGUACCAAGGAUGGAGUCCAGAGCCGACAAAACUGGUGCCAUGGAAAAGUCAUAACAGGUCUGGAGAAAAUUUUGCAGAUCAGUCUCAAGUUAUGAACGAUGGUUCGGGUCAUGAGAAUAAUGUGGUUGUCUCACCAGCAAUGAUUCCAAACUCUCAAAAUUCAGUGGAAUCUAACUUGGGCUCUGCUGUUGCUUACAAAGCACUGGAUCACAUCGCUGGGCUAGCUACUCAAUCAGUUCCUAAUGUGCAACAACAAAGCAUCUUUGACUCUGUUGGGAGUGGAGUACCCACACAGCCCUUGCAGGAAUCUAUUACUGAUGCUCAGAACAUGGCUUGUCGACCCCAAUUCCCAUCGUGGGCGGGUAUAACAUCUUCAACCGUAUCAGAUGGUAAACUGAACAAACAUGAUGAACAUAGUGGAUCUGGUAGCAUCUCAAGUGCUUACUCUCAAGGGGUUUUGAACAAUCUGACGCAGGCACUGCAAUCUGCUGGUCUGGACUUGUCCCUGGCCAGUAUCUCUGUUCAAAUGGAUGUUGUGAAUCGAGCAGACAGUGGGCUGACAUCUGUAGCAUCUAGUUCGAAGGCACAUGUGAACCAAUCCAUGAACAAUCAAAUGAUGACACAGGCUCAAGUAAGUAGCUGUGAUGGGGGACUUGAACUGGCGCAUAAGCGGUUCAGAACAAGAGAAAGCUAGACUAGAUAGUUUAUAGCUUUUCUUAAAUCUUCUUAUUUUUGGUUUUCGUGGUUUUAUUGGGGGUGAGGGUACUCGGGCGGGUGACAUUUUGUUUCAAAAAUUACAUGGUCAACAGAACAACUAGGUUCAGGUCAGUCAUUUGUAUAUGGUUUGUGCCCCCCUGUGCAUGGAGUUUCAUAGGUAGAUAUGUCAGAUGUUUUGUUGAUACCUUGAAGUUUCAGAUGGAUGAUUCCAUGCAUAUAGCGAGGAGCGUGUUUCUGUUCUAGUCUGUGUUUUAAAGAACUCUUUACAUAUAUGAAUUUUAUCGUUAAUCCUUGA